CGAAUGCACCCGAAAAUGAUAGAUGAAUUUUGACAUUUCUCCGAACUGCUGUUGGCUGUCAAAAAAUAAUUGAUAAUAUAUAGUCACAAUGUGAUAUUUAUUUUUAUAUUUUAAAAUAAGGAACAUGCUGGAGCAAGAACAUGUAUCAUUAAAUUUACCCGAUAUUAAGGAGUCCGUUACUCAUAGAAAAAGCAUAUGGCGUUGGUGGAAUCAACUGUCCAGAUUUCAACGAAGUCUAUUUUAUAUGAUAGUAUUAGUUCUAUUUUUUACACUCUUAUAUUUAUUACCAAGUCAACAUAAUGGAGAUGGAAAAACUAUAGAGCAUAUACAAAUAACACCAAUUGAAGCAAAUAACUUACCAUUUUUACAAAAUGAUCAAGUGGUAUCACCUAUUAAUUUAAAUCAAAAUUCAGAAACUAAUGGCUUAGAUUUAGAAAAAUCAAUUAAAGAAGUGAGGAAAAAUGUGAUUGAUGAACCAAAACACCACACUGAGGCAAUCUAUUUAAAAAGUAGUCUUGGGACUAGUCAUGGCAAAGUUUUUGAUGGCCCAAAAACAGAAAGACAGAAAGCAGUUGUUGAAGCCUUCAAGCAUGCUUGGAAGGGCUAUAAAACAUUUGCUUGGGGACACGACCAUUUAAAACCAAUAUCUGAAACUUAUCAUGACUGGUUCGGAUUGGGCCUAACUAUAGUGGACUCUCUUGAUACUAUGUACAUAAUGAAUUUAAAAAAAGAGUUCUCUGAGGCAAGAGAUUGGGUUGCAAAUCAAUUAACAUUCGAGAUUUCCAGAGAUGUAAAUUUGUUUGAAAUUACAAUAAGAGUUCUUGGAGGUUUACUAAGUGCUUACCACCUGACAAAUGAUGACUUGUUCUUGCAAAAAGCAGUGGAUUUGGGUGAACGAUUACUUCCAUGCUUUGAAACAAAUUCUGGAGUACCGUUUUCUGAUGUAAACUUGGCAACUCGAAAGGCACAUUCCCCAAAAUGGUCACCAGACAGUUCCACUUCUGAAGUGACAACAUUACAACUAGAAUUUAGAGACUUAAGCAGAAGCACUGGAGAUGAACGAUUUGAAAAUGCAGUUAACAAAGUAUCAUGGCACAUUCACACAUUACCCAAGACAGAAGGCCUGGUUCCUAUAUUUAUCAAUGCAAAUACUGGCCAGUUUCGUAGCUAUUCAACAAUAACAGUUGGAGCACGUGGAGAUAGUUACUAUGAAUAUUUAUUAAAGCAAUGGCUCCAAACUGGAAAAACUAUUCAAUUCUUAAUUGACGAUUACUUAGACGGCAUAGCAGGAAUUCAAAAGUUACUAGUUAGAUACACUCCACAAAAUAAGUACUUAUACAUUGGAGAGCUACUCUCUGGAGGAAAAGACUUUAAACCAAAAAUGGAUCACUUAACAUGUUAUUUACCUGGAACAUUAGCGUUAGGUGUGAAAAAUGGAAUGCCAUCAACUCAUAUGAAACUAGCAGAGCAAUUAUUAGAAACAUGCUACCAAACUUAUGCCCAACAGAAAACUUUUCUGGCUCCUGAAAUUACAUAUUUUAAUAUUCAGGAUGAAGGUACUGAUGAUAUGUACGUAAAAACUAAUGAUGCCCAUAAUCUUUUGAGACCUGAAUUUAUAGAAAGCCUAUGGUACUUUUACCAAAUAACGGGUAACACAACAUACCAAGAUUGGGGUUGGCAAAUAUUCCAAGCAUUUGAGAAGCAUACAAAAGUAACAAAUGGUUACACAUCUAUAGGCAAUGUGAAGCAGCCUCUUAACAUACGUCCAAGCGAUAUGAUGGAAUCAUUUUUUUUAAGUGAAACUCUAAAAUAUUUCUACUUGCUUUUCAGUGAUAAUCCAAAACUGUUGGACCUCGAUAAAUAUGUCAUUAAUUCUGAGGCACAUCCCUUACCUCUUGAGUAUUAGCUAAUACAUUGAAAAUAACCGAAAAUUCUUAAUUUUUAUAAAAAAUGGCAACCGUUAUUACAAAAUUAAGACUGAUUUUAGUUUUGUUAUAAUAAGUAUGUUAUGGAAUAGUAAAAAUAGUAGAAGCAAAAAAUCUCACGCUCACAUCCUGAUUUGUAUGAUUUAAUUAGCACUUAAAUUAUAUUGUUAAUCCUUCAUAUCACAUUCAUUCUGUAAUUCCUUAAAUAAAAGUUGUUAUGUGAAGAUAAAA